AUGACGGAGUGUAAGAGACCGUCUCUAUGGUCGGUUUUUACCACCUGUUGCGCUUGUACGACCAAGCAGGUUGCAGUAAGUGUCGGUCUGGGUAAUGGGAAAACGAUAAUGGGUCAGCAAAGUGACUCACCUAUGAGUCAGCCAGUGAAGAAUCCCGAUGAGGACUGUGAAAUGGUUACUGCGCUGGACACUGAUAACUUGACAAAAGUUCAAUUCCAAUUCCUUGAGGCAGCCCGGACAAAUCGUUGCGACAUUCUUGGAAUGAUUAUCGAACAACGCGCUUGUCGUUUAGAUUUGAAAAACAACCUGGAUCGAACAGCUCUACACUUGGCAGCUGCUCAGGGCUGUUUCGAGGCGGUUCAAAUGCUUGUCAAUGCAAAUGCUUCUGUUGAUAUUCCGGAUAAGCAUGGUAUGACUCCAAUGUUCUGGGCCGCGUACAAAGACUUCAUCGACAUCGUGAUCUACCUAAUCAGGCAUGGCGCCUCAAUCCAACGAAAAACGAAGCGAGGAUUCACUCUACUUCACGUCCUGGCCAAAGCGGACUCGAUCAAGACGUUGGAGGCCCUGGUGCGAAGCAAAAUUAUCCGCAAUUUUAAGGAAUUGGACUUGAAUGACUGCACGCCACUCAUGGUGGCAACAAUCUCGGGGAGUUUGAGAGCUACAACCGUCCUCUCGAGAAUUGGAAAUCUCGAAACACAUGUAGAUAAGACCAAGAAAAAUGUCUUCCACCUCGCCGUGCUGGGUGGAUGUCACCUGGUGUUGGAGCAGCUUUGCAAACACGAAGAGAUGCCCAGUUUGAUUAAUGCCUUUGAUGACGAUCUGAAGGCACCGAUCCACUAUGCAAUUGACUUGGAUGACUACGAUAGCGUGUCUGUUCUGCUGAAGUAUGGAGCAAGAGCAAAUAUUAAAUCCAAGAACGCUCCAUAUCCUCUCAUAACUGCAUCUCGGCGUGGGAAUGUUGAUAUGAUCAACCUGUUGUUGAACAACAAGGCGAGGAUCUCGGCAGCUGACUUUGCGGGCAACACGCCUCUCCACAUUAGCUGCAUAGCCAAUCAAGUGGAUGCGGCGUGGUUCCUCUUGCAGAAAGGCGCCAACAUGCUGGCGUUGAAUAAGCGACUUCAAACACCCUUCAAUGCAGCAGUAGAGCAGGCCAGUGCAGAAACAGCGGAACUUCUAAUUCUCGCUGGAGCACCGAUAAAUGAGGUUGAUAGAGCAGCGAAGAAACCUCUAAUGCAGGCGGCGUUGUCUGGAUUUGUGAGGAUAGUGGAUAUGAUCAUCAAGGCCGACCGAUGGCGAUUAGCCAGUCCGGCAGCGGCUGCGGCCAUGGCUAAAAAAUACAAUCCAAAGAAAAGGACUGAAGACGGAGAGGAAAAUUUGGAAGCGGGUAAAGAGGACGUGGAGGUAGAGAAGGCCUCAGCCAAUAAUCACGAGUAUGAGGAAUUCGAAGAGACGGACUCCAUUUCUGAGGCUUCGACCUACGUCUCCAAAUCCUCCACUUCAGACUCAGAAGGCAAGGAGAGUGACAGUAAAGUCGAGGCGAGUGACGAUGACUCUCUCUCCCACGCAGAGACUUACCACAGUGAAAGUGAGGGAGACAGAGACGUAACACCCGCUGAAUAUUCCGCGAAAGCAAGUGAUGAGGUCUUCACCUCGCCCCGGCAGUAUCGCAAGGCGGAAUCGGUGUUUUCUUCCUCCUCAGCAACUGGAAGUGCACGAGGUCGUAGGAUUGAACGAUCAAAGCAACAGAAAGCAGCUGCUACGUUGAAUGAAGAUCAUGUUUAUCAAAUGGCCCCUAGUCUUGACGGGUGCAAUGGAGGAGGGAAUAUCGCUUCUCCAGCUCCCAAAUUAUCGAGAGGACAAUCAACUCUUCUACCAUCACUACAACAGGACGGGGGAUCAGUGGCAUCAAAACCGCCUCUUCGUAGUGGAGGAGCAGGGGUUUCGAAGGUUCCAAAUUCUCUCCGCAGGUCACCAGUUGCACUAACGGCCUAUUUUACAGUCUAUCAACCGGAGUAUCGAUUCCUUGUCAGCACUCAGUCCUACGCGGGUCGCUACCAGACGCUCUUUUUCUACCUCGCGCACAAAAAGUUGCGUCGGGGAGAGUGGAAGUCACUGGCCAAACACUGGGAUUUCACCGAGGAGCAGAUUGAAGCCAUAGAACUUCAACACACUGGUGACAGGCAGGCCUAUAAGGAGCAUGGCUAUCGCUUACUUUGUAUUUGGAUGCAUGGUUUAAGUGAGGAAACCGAUCCAGCGCCUAUGCUUUACAAAGCUCUCACCUCAAUUGGCCGAAAGAUGGACGCAAACAAUGUGCAGAAGGAUUUCUACAGAGCUACACACGGACGGCACUCGGUCAGCGAUUACUGUCCCAUCUCGUGA